AUGAAUUUGAUCUUGGCUUUAUUCUUGAUCGACUUUGAAUCUCUAAACCUUUUAACUUUUUUCCAAAAUGUUUUUAAAACUCUUACGGGUCAAGAAGUUACUAUUGAAUUGAAAAAUGAUUUAGCUAUUCAAGGAACUUUAGCAAGUGUUGAUCAGUUUCUUAAUCUUAAACUUGAAAAUAUAAAAGUUUUAGAUCAAGAAAGGUACCCUCAUAUGAUGGCAGUGAAGAAUUGUUUCAUACGUGGAUCGGUAGUAAGAUACGUACAAAUUCCAAAAAAUGCAGUUGAUACUCAAUUACUAGAAGAUGCUACUCGUAAAGUAUUACAAUUACAGAUGAGAAUCAGUUUAGAUGAAGAAGGGAAGAAACAAUUUGCAUUGGGUAUCAAAUUGAUGGAAACAUUCGAGUGGACAGCUGACAACAAAAAGUACAAGAUGGAUUACGCAGAGGCCUUUAAUAAUGUAGACGAAGAAGUCAACAUGGAUUGA